UAUUUUUGUACAUUUCUGCCGGGAGAUUGAAGAGGUUCUCAGAUAAAGAGAAAUAGAGGGUCUGGACUGACUGUUGUAGUAGAAUCACUUUCGGAAUUUUUUCUGGGUUCAUCUGUUUGCACCGAAUCGUUCGCAGGAGUGGAUUUUUAAAACACGUUCAGUUUUUUUUUCGUUUUGUUUUCUUUUUUAAAUACAACAAAACAGACUUAAGGAUGGGUUCUCAGCAGUCAAAGGGAGGAGUGGUCGUUGAAGUCAACAAAUCUGCAGUAACUGAUCCAGCAGCAGUUAAAACCAAUGGCCAGGAGAAUGGCCACGUAAAGACCAAUGGUGAUGCCUCCCCCAAGGCUGAGGGCGACAUGGAACCGGCAAAUGGGAACGGUUCCGCCGAACCGGUGACCGAGACCGGUUCUGGAGAUGCCAUUGAGCCGGCGCCGCAAGCCGAGGGAGAAGCGGCCAAAACCGACGGGGAGGCGACCAAGGAGACCCCCAAGAAGAAGAAAAAGAAGUUCUCCCUGAAGAACUCCUUCAAAAUCAAGGGUCUGUCGCUGAGAAAGACGAAGAAAAACACUGGGGAGAGCACCAAGGACGAGUCUCCUGUCACCCCGCUGGCCGAGGAGAAGACCGAAGCGAAGGCCGAGGAAAGUAGCCCUUCCGCCGAGGCCACUGUCUCUAGCGAGGCUAAAGAAGAAACCACUGAAGAAACGAAAACCGAGGAGAGUGAGGGACAAGAAACCAAAGCCAGCAACGAAGAGGCAGCAGCCAAACCAGAAGAGGCUGCCGCUGCAGCAGAGGAGCAGCAGACCCAGGCGGCAGCAGCCGAGAGUCAGCCGGAGACCAAUGAGGCCAAGCCUGAGGUAGCAGCCGCAGAGGAGCUUCCAAAACCAGCAGAAACAACCGAGGAAUCCAGUUCAACAUCCGCAUCUUCCGAGCAGAACGAAGAGUAAACGCAUUUCAGAGUUGUGGACUGUUAUCGAAACAAAAGACUGCUUGUGCCACGUUCUUUAUAAUGAAUUCACAGCCAACACCUGUCUGGUCACUGCCUCGGCAAUUUAAAUUGUAUCAAACAAAACAAAUCUAUCCAAACAUCUCGGUUUCACACAAGUCUUUUAGUUCCAGUUUUUCUCCAUGUUUCACGUGAGUUCUUAAGGAUGUCACAGUGUGGAUUGUACGAAGUUCAUUUGAAAUGAUUCCUUUUUUUGCCAUUUUUUUUUUGAAGUUCUGUACUUGCAGGUGGAGGUUUUUAAAAGAUCCAAAUCUGACAUUUCUUGCUGUACUUGGCAAAAAAAAUCAAAGAAACUUUCAAUCUUAGUUAAAGGCGUGGCAUUUCCAGUGAUUUGCCUCUGAUGUCUCCUGUGCUGGAAUGGAACUGGAUGGACUGUCCGCCUUUUUUAAAUGACUUCUCAAUGGAAAUUCCUUUUAAGUUUUAGCAUUCUACAUCCCAGCUUUGUUUACCCCCGUUUCAAGCAUCCCGGCUGCGUAGAAACCAACGGACAUUUUAAACAGAAGCUUAGUCUUUUUUUUUUUUUUUUUUUCUUUGUGUGGCUAAAAUACAAAAACAAACCAGCAAGAGUGUCAACACUUUAGUUAAGGGAGUUGUAGUAAUAUGUAAACCUUUCUCUGCUUUUUGUAAAUACAAUUUUGGCCUUUUUGUUUUUUUUUGCUAACGUUAAAAUGUUAAUGGUUAUUGUAAUGUUGUGUGAAUAAAUGUUAAAAUCCCUGAA